AUGGCAAUCAAAAAAGACCAAACGAAGUUUUUAGACAAACACAUCAAACAGAAGCAAAACUUAGUUAUAAAACUCAAAACACUCAAAGAAAACUAUUUAACUAGUUUUGAAGAAGAACAAAAAAUUCGAGAGAAAGUGUAUGUAAACGAAAUGCCGAUUUUAGUGCGAAUGGCAAUCAAUUUAGUCAACUCAUUUUAUAGUACUUUUCUUAGAAUUAUUAACAAAUUUUUGUCAACAUACGAAGACUUGGACUGUAUAAUGGAAACGGCUGUCAAAACUCUCAAAGAGCAUUCAAAAGGUAUAUCUGAGCAAAACGAAAUGGAUGACUUCAUUCGUUGUAUUGAGAGACAUUACGUAGCGCCAUUAGUUGUCGACGUGGAUUACCAAAUCGAAAGUGUGAAAGAGAUGUUCGAGUUGUUCGAAAAGGAUGAUGUACAAUUAUAA